AUGAUCAGCACCAAUGAUGAGCCGCUGCACGUGCUCGACCUGCCCCAGAUAUAUACGAAGCCCUCCGGCACCGAUCUCAUCAAGGCCUUGGCUUUGCUGGCUCUAAAGCCUCGCACAUUCGGAACCACUGCGGAUGUAGUCAAGGGUCCGGCAGUGCAGCCGGCCGGGUUGACUCGGUAUCUCACCUCGAUUAUCGCAAGUCCGCUAUUAUGGCUUGACACGGAGGAGUUGCGGGAGGCCGUCUGGGAUGCCGCUGCAGCUCGUCUCAGUGAGAGGUCUGGCCGUGCCGCAAUGCCUGCCAUGUCGCGCAUUUUCAGUGUGCCUACCUCCUCCGGCGAAGACUACACCCUCACCUUGCACGAACCAUCCAUCACCGCGGAUAAUCUCGGCAUGAAGACCUGGGUCUCGUCUUACCUUCUCUCCCGCCGACUGCACGGCCUCCUCGAGUCUCCACCGGAACUCGUGCCAUCGGGACCAACUGAGCCUUCAGCCAAGUCCGACACGAACAAACAACUGCGGGCGCUCGAGCUCGGAUCUGGUACGGGGCUGGUCGGUCUGGCAUUCGCCGCUCUCCAGGGAAAGUCGGCUGCCGUUCACCUGACCGAUCUCCCGGACAUCGUACCAAACCUCGCCCAUAACGUUGCGCUGAAUGUCGAGCUCCUUACCACCACGGAAGCAACGGUGACAACAGACGUGCUGGACUGGUCCGUGACACCGACUCCACUGCCUUCGGCACUGGAGCGCUUUGACGUGAUCCUGGCUGCGGACCCGUUAUAUUCGCCCAAGCACCCGAAGUGGCUCGUAGACACAAUCGGAGUAUGGCUGAGCCGGGGGCUGGACGCACGUGUUGUGAUGGAAAUGCCGCUGCGCGAUGCGUAUCUACCACAGAGACAAGAGUUACGCCGGCGAAUGGCCGAACUAGGCCUGGCACCGAUCCAGGAAGGCGAAGAGACUGGAUACGACGACUGGGAGAGCGCGGGUGGCGAGGCACUAGCUGUGAAGUGCUGGUGGUCCAUUUGGGGAUGGAGCGAGAAGAUCUAA